GAUCCUCUUUACAGCAUAAGCCCUCUUUCACAACACACCAACUACCAACUCGUUGCUAUCAUGUGUUUCGGCGGCGGCAAGAAAGGACAGAAAGGACAGAAAGGACAGAAAGGACAAAAGAGCCAACCGCCUCUACCACAACCAGUUCCAUGGGUUUUAACGGAAUUGCCAGCGGCCCGCGUGAUGGAACGCAACUUAAAGACACUGCUACAAAGGAGGUUUGGCAAGGGAAAAUGGAGAGUAGAGUUGCGGAACGAUCGGUACCUUGUGCAUGCUCCCAGGCUGCUAACAGAUCCUGAGAGAGACCAAGUCUUGGUCAAAUCGACUCCGAGCGCGCAGAAACAGCCGAAGAGGGGGAACAAGGCAAGAAAAUGAAGAGGGCUUCUGUGGGUCAAAAGUGGCUUGGACACAUCAACAUCACUGGGUGCUCUCUCUGGCGGGCAUUUGCGUGGCCCUGGUCUCUUUUUGAGUAGCCAAUAGACGCAUUGCAAAUGCAUAUGCCCAGCAGCUAAAUAUCCCCCACCUUCGGG